AUGAAGGUUGAGCCGGGAGAUCCUGUAAUCCUUUUCUCAGGACCUAAUAAUAUUUAUUUGACACAAAUUCCAAAAGAAGACCAUAAAAUACCCAAUAAACAAUCAGAAGCUAAUAUAAAAAAUAAAAGAUUAAUACAUAACAAAAAAGGAAUCUUCGAUCUAGCCUCUUGUAUAGGGAAAUUUUAUGGACAAAAAUAUAGAGCUGAUAUAUCAUUGAUAAUAUUAUUACUUGAUUUAAUUCCUGGGAAACGUGUACUUGAAUGCGGAACUGGUUCUGGUUCUUUAAGCUAUGCUUUGGCUUCUGCAGUUUCCCCUAAUGGACAUGUUUUUACUUUUGAUUUUCAUCAACAACGAAUUCAAUAUUCAUUGGAUUUAUUUGAAAAAACGAAAAUUUCUGAUAUGAUAACUGUAACUGAAGCUGAUGCUUAUUCUGAUAAAGCGUUUUUGGUCAGUGGUUCCACACAUUCAAUUACUGAACAUUCAAUUGAUUCUGUUUUUUUAGACGUUCCAUCACCUUGGAAUUGUAUAAAUAACGUUACACAUGUUAUUAAGGUACGUUACGGUGCUUGCUCCAACUGUACUAGUCUGACUACUAGUAACAUUAUCCUUAGUACUAGUAUUAGUAUCUUUAUUACUAGUAUCCUUAGUACUCUUACUAUCCUCAUUAUUAAUAUCCUUAGUGUUAUUCUUCUGUCAUCCGGUUCAGUUAUUCGGACAUUCGAAGUUUUAACUAAACCCUGGGGAAUCAGUUUCUCCAACCCUGACGACACAGAUUCAGAUGAUGAAGGUUCUGAUCUCACGAGUAUACACAUGAUUAACAAAGACGUUAAUGACAGUGGUGAAAUUUUGGGAAAAUAUGUGAAUUAUCAAUUACCACAGUUUAAUCAUACAGGAUACAUCACAGUAGCAACAUCUAACAUAUACUAA